UUCAUUAAAUUGAUCGCUGGUCACAUAUCGUAACUGAUUCAUGAAUGGAAAAAAGACAAUUUUGCUUUCUAUCAUUAAACACACUGAAUAGUGACUACUAGUUCAAUAAACUGCCACGAAUUUGUGGAAUUAGGACACAAAUUCAGUGAGAACCACCCCACUGAAAACAUUAUGGUUUUAGGUCUAGUAGUGGUCCAGCUUCAUCAUUAGUUUUUGUUGGGCCAGCAGAAACAUUUACAUUUCAGAGCGAUUUCCUAGGCUGUAGAUUGGGUACUUGUAGCAGUCCCUGCCUACCGGGUGGCAGUAGGACUCCGGUGGGAGGGAGCGUUCGUUUGGCUGGCAAAAGGCCGGCCGUUACCCUACGGGCCAGCCCGAGCUGCUGUGGGCGGCUACAGAGGCUCCUCCGCGUCACCCCGUUACAUAAGGGGCCAGCCCGUCCGGUGUCCUGGGCCAGCUCCGACCCGCCGUCUCCAGGAGGCCGCCCUCGGGUGACUGGAGAGGCGGCGCUGUCUGCCCGCUGACACCCAGCAGCGGCCAAAGACCACGGAGACCAAAGAGCAAGGAGACCGAAGCCCCGCCCGCAGCCCGCGCCGGGCGGUUCGAGCGUGACCUUGUUUGGGCGUUGCUAGGAGACGCGGCUCCCGCGCGCCCCCGACUGGCCCACGCUGCGCGAGGGGCGGGGCCGCGGCCGGGUGGCUGAGCUGCAGAACACCGUUAGCAGGUCUGCCGCGCGGUGUCCGCGGCCCGGCCGCCGUCAGGCCACGCCGUUGUCGGGGUACGGCCUUCCCGGCGGCUGAGAACGGCGGAGGCGACAGAGGGCGGCCGUCAGCAGUCUUGUAGCUUGAUCACCCAAGAAGAGAAAUUCUAAAAGCAGUUUACAAGAAACGUUUGAACUGGGGACACCAUUUGCAGCUGGAAAUGGGGAAUGGACUGUCAGACCAGACUUCCAUCCUGUCCAGCCUGCCGUCCUUUCAGUCCUUUCACAUUGUUAUUCUGGGAUUGGACUGCGCAGGAAAGACAACUGUCUUAUACAGGUUGCAGUUCAAUGAAUUUGUAAAUACCGUACCUACCAAAGGAUUUAACACAGAGAAAAUUAAGGUAACCUUGGGCAACUCCAAAACAGUCACUUUUCACUUCUGGGAUGUAGGUGGUCAAGAGAAACUAAGGCCACUGUGGAAGUCGUACACCAGAUGCACAGAUGGCAUUGUCUUCGUGGUGGACUCUGUUGAUGUCGAGAGGAUGGAGGAAGCCAAAACUGAACUUCAUAAAAUAACUAGGAUAUCAGAAAAUCAGGGAGUCCCGGUGCUUAUAGUUGCUAACAAACAGGACCUGAGGAACUCACUGUCUCUCUCAGAAAUUGAGAAAUUGUUAGCAAUGGGUGAACUGAGCUCGUCCACGCCUUGGCAUUUGCAGCCCACCUGUGCAAUCAUAGGAGAUGGACUAAAAGAAGGACUUGAGAAACUACAUGAUAUGAUAAUUAAAAGAAGAAAAAUGUUGCGGCAACAGAAAAAGAAGAGAUGAGAGCAGUACUGUUCAUGUCAGUGUGGAGUAGGUUUGCCCUGGUCUGAUUUUGACAAGCGGAAGAGUGUCUACAGCCUGGUUUGCCUGUUUGCCCUCCU